GCGGAGCCCCGCGCCCGGGCCGGUGGCUGCCGGCUGGCCAGGCCGAGGGGCCGAGUGCCGGGUAACGGCGGGGCAGCAUGGCCGGCCCCGGCCCGGACGGUGCCGGGACACACUUGGCACAGCAGGCGCUCGACAACCCGCCGGGCAGGAGGCGGCCUGCCCUCGCCUCCUUCUCCGCCUUCAGCUUCGUCCCGCCCAGACGGGAAGGGCCGCCGGAGCUCAGCUAUUUCAGCCGGGCGCCCAAGACAGGAGAUUCUUUCACCUAUGAUGCCGUUUUUAAUACACCAGAAGGUUACGACCAAUAUCUUCAGCGGGGUGACAGAAAACACGCUAACGGUCAUGGCCUUAAAAUUCAUGAGGAGGAAAUGGCAAGAGCUGUUCCUGUGCGGAUAUCUGCAGAGUAUGGGAAGCGUGCACACAAGCCCUUGGAUCCAGCAACCAGGGAGCAUGUAAAGGUUUGUAGCCUGCAUGCAGCAAUCUACGGGGAAGGCAGCCGCCCUGCUCAUUGAAAAAAGCCUUCUCUAGGCCUGGAUCCAUGGGAAAUCUCUUCUAUCUGUCAUUGCCAGCAACAUUUAUCUGGGACAAAAAAAAACAACUCACUUUGAAAAGCAACAUGGUGCUUUUGCCUUUUCUUCUGCAGUUUAGUUAAUGAGAAUGAUCUGGAUUAAAAAUAGGGUGAAAUAGCAGCUGCACUUUUUUUCAUGCUAAUUAAAAUGUGUAUGUUCUCCUUACAUUCUCAUAAAAAUCUCAUGAAGAGCAGCACCAACAAGAGCUUUUUAGAACAUUUUUGGAAGCAAUGCUGGGAAUGAGACCUGUUGGGUCAAAAGCUGUGUCUGCAGUUUUAGGCAGUGCUUCUACAUAACCAUUCACAGACCUGACAUUUAAGGAAACUUCCCCCUCAAGGUAUCAGUGGUCACAGAUUUUUCAAUCCUUACAGAGUUGCUAGAGAAUCGUGAGACAUUGUUUUAUGUGCAAAACAGCUGAAAUGGAUAUUCAGCUCAGAAUUUUCAAAAAUGUAUGGGCUUAUGUGCUUAGCAGUUUCAGUAGACUUCAAGUGGAACUUGAGUUAAAAGGAACUUCUGAGCACUUAGCAUUUGAAGAGACAAAAUCUGGGUUUAGCUGAAUUCAGACAUUCAUUUCACUGACUUCCACUAUAGGAAUGGUGUCUGACAGAUUUAACAAGAAAAAUCAUCAUUGGUUCUGUAUCCAAUCUGAAAAAAUGGGAAAAAAAACUUAAGUAAUACUAGCAGAACAAGCACUAAAUAAUUUGAUAGAAAGGGUGAAAAAAACACAAGGAUUUGAGCAGUAGUCAUUUAAAAAGCAUGUUUAGCACAAAUGUCUAAAUCUAAUUAAACAUCUAAUGCCUUGUACUUUCACAGAAUCCAGUACUAAAAUUUUAAGGCAAUUUCAAGAGGAGUUUCUCUUGCAGAGUAUGCAUCAGAUUGGUUCUCAAGAGCCAUUGAUGCUGUUGUUGUUUAAAGCUGAGGCAGUACAUUCAGAAAGGAACAGCUAGAGUGAUCAUACCAGAAAAAGUACUGGAAGUCCACAGCUGUUUUUGGUGGUGUUGUCAGGUAUUUAGACACAGGAAAUCUGUGUCAUUUUUAGAUACAGUGAGACACCUAGUGAAAAGGAAAAAAAAAAGAGCAACAAAAAACAUCUUAAUCUGGGA